UAUCACUCACAAAUCUCCACUCCGUCCUCCCCUCCGGACCUCGGGAUCAUUUUGGAGCAGGAACUUCACUCGCACAAUGGACUAAACCCCGACAAGCUGCAAUUUUGUCAACAUUCAAACGCUUCCUUCCAAAGUGACCGCUUCCGCGACUCAAUAUUAUCUGCAAUUUCAGGUAUGAUUCAGAGGAACGAGGUAGUGCUGUCUGUUCUGAGGGAGCUCCAGGAGGCCACGGAGAGCCCAGGCCUGGAUGCCCUUACCACAGUGGCCUUGGAAGUGGACAAAGUCCUUGCUCCCUUCCAGCUCCCAGGGAUACCCUGCCAGGAUUUCCCCAAGUGGGCAGGAACUGAUGACACAGCUCAUGGCCUGUACCCAGCGGACGCCCCUGGAGACCUUCUGCCCCUCAGCUGCAAGGGGGAAGGCAACCUGCUGUUUGAUGCAGCCAGCAUGCUGCUGGUGGGCACCACCAGCCUUAGCUUGGAGCUUCAGGUAAGGACGGUAGUGGAGAUGUUGCUGUGGAAGCGGUACUACCUUUGUGGGAUGAUCGACUCUAAAAUGAUGCUGCAGGCAGUUCGCUUCAGUCUCUGUGCUGAGGAGUCGGAGGAUAUGCUGAACUUGCCAAUCACUGUCCUAGAAGCCAUCUUCGAUGCGGAUGUCAAAGCCUCUUGCUUUCCAGGGUCAUAUGCCAACAUGUGGCACGUGUAUGCCCUAUCUUCAGUCCUACAGUGCAACAUCUAUUCCAUUUACCCCAUGUUCAACCUCAAGAUUAGACCCUAUUUCAACCGACUAAUACGCCCCAGGACCUGUCCCAAGGAUUCAGACCCAGUGACUCUUCACAUCAUGUGGUCUGGUGAGCUGCAGUCUGGCUCAGUGUUCAAGCCAAAUCAUUUUGUUGCAUUAGUGCAUGAAAGUGACCUCAAGCUUGGAAGCCCCAACAGUGAGCAGACGGUGUCACCCCUGAAGUCUUUGGAGCUGCAAAACCAGGACUCACGGCUGUCGUACUCCAGUCUAAAAGACAAGUACAACAUCACCAAGAGGACCUUCUACCGCUGGAGGAGGCAGACCCAGGAGCACUGCAAGAAGUCUGCAGCCAGGUAUGAGGCAAAGUACUUCCUGCAGACCUGCUACAUGGAAGGAAAGCUCAUCCCUCUGCACCAGUUCAAAGAGUUCUUCCCUGAAAUCUCCCGGUCAACUUAUUACAACUGGAAGCAUGAACUCAUGACCUCUGGAGGUACCUUCUCUACCUCAUCUUCCACUGGAGAGGUUAGCCCUGGGGAGAGCACAGAGCAGGAGUCCUGGUCAUCACCCGAGGCAAAGCAAGAUGACCCAGAGCACCAUGAGAGUGUGGCCAGUAUGUUUGGCCUCAACCUUGGCAGGCUGGAGGGUGAGCGGGCCCACAGUGUGGCCCAGAUGCAGGAGGCCAAGCGGUGUCUGCAGAACUGCAUUGCCAUGAACACCUCUUUCCCAUUCAGGAUCUUCAAGAGAAAUUUCCCAGGAAUCUCCAGAUCAACAUACUACAACUGGAGGAGAGAAGCCAUGCUGUUCAACAGAGGUUACAAAGCCAAUCUGGGUAGCAGUGAAGACAGCUCAGAUGCCGACAAGAGCCAGAGUCCAAUAAGUUUGUCACCAGUCCUGCCCAGCAACAUCCAGUCUGUUGUGCCCAGAGUAAAAAUAUGCAGGCGAAAACACAAAAGUCUCAGGCUAGCGUACGUAACGAAGAAACGGCUCAGAGAUGCCGCAAGGCUACAUGUCCAGAAGUCAAAAAUGUCCCUGACCAAGUUCAAACUGAAGUACCCUUCCCUGUCCCCUUGUUUCUUUUGGCUGUGGCGUAGCAGUCACAGCCACAGUAGGAAGAAGAUAAUCACCCACCGUGUAGAGAUUAACACACCUGAGAGUCCGGAUAACUGCAACACAGAAAUGGAAAACAAGAUAAUGGAGAGAGAGAUGAUUAGUAUGAGUGGGCUGUCUUUUGACGAGAGCCACGACGGCUUGGGAAGAUCGCCCGUUACCUCCCUUGACACCCCGCUUUCAAAAUACACCCCUCCCAAGUACACCCUUCCCAGCAAGGCACCACUAGAUGAGCAAAUGUUUGUGAUGGAUGUUGUGGCUCUGGCCAACUUCAAGGCUAAGGCAAAGCUAUUCCUGCAGCAACGCUUUGAGUCAAAAUCCUUCCCCACAUUCAAAGAAUUCAGGUCUUAUUUCCCUUUCACUCCACGCUCUACAUACUACAUGUGGAAACGAGCUUUGCACCAUGGUGUGUCUCUGGUGCAUGGAUAAAGUCGCAGAGUAUAUAGCCCAUAAAAAUGGAUGUCCAGGAGCAAAAUACAGGCUCUAUUUAAGAACUUUCUUGGCCCCAAGGACAUAAGCUUCAGCUCUCUGCCAUUGCAUUCUGUUGUAAAUAAAUUGUUGCCUGUAGCACAGCAUUUUAAUUUUGUAGCCAAAUAUUGAGCACACAGGCUUAACCGACUUCAGUAAAGCUGCAGCUAAAUGCAUGAUGUUCUUUUGCCUGCCCCCCUCACCCCACCACCACAUCUCACUCCUACCUCAUGGACAUUUGCACGUGUGUGAAAAGAGACUGUCAUGGCUCUACUUAAGCCCUGCAUGCUGCCCUACAGGCAAAAGGCAGUUCAAAGCUGCUGGUUACAUGGCAUUUUCUUUGAGGCUGUUUUUUUUCCGUCAUUUCCAUUUAAUCCCCUCUAAGCAUUGUACUCGGGGCCCCCUUCCUUUUUGUUUUCAUUGUUGUGUAAUUGUUGAUGCUUAAAAGUUAUGCUUUUGAUAAAUCAUUUGAGAGAUUCUUAGUAGUUUUAUGUUUUGGUUCUUUGAAUACAAAGAGCGGACAGUAGGAAAAAAAAUAUUUUCAAAGAUGAAUUUACUUUUACUUGUUUAGGCAUCUUUCUGUAAACAGGGUUUCAGUUCUUAUUGAAUGUAAACACCAUAUGAAUUCACUUGGUACAUCAAAGUUUAUGUGGUUCACUCAGGGUUUUGGCAUUUAUGUCACUUUUUACGAAUGCCUCAUGUUUUUUUCCUGUUUUUUUUUUUUUUGUUUUUUUUUUUUUAAACCAAAAUUGUCAAUCAUGUGGUGAGUUUGGUUUGUAAUAUACUAUAUUUGCACUAAAAUAUUUCCAUCACAUUAUUGAAUGUACUGCCUCGACCAGAUAGAAGAAACAUUUCGCUUCAGUUUGCACCUUCUGUUUCUUGUGAGACAUGUCUUCUCUACAAUAAUUACAUUUCUUGAAAAAAUAUUUACAGUUUUUUGUCUGUAAUUGACUUGAAUAUACAUGAGGAUUUUUUUUUUUUUUUUUUUAACUUUUUUUCCAUUUCAGUACUACCUAUCACCUGUAAUUAUGAUCAGCAUUUACCUUGGUAAACUAUUGUCCUUUUUUCAGUAAGAUUUGGUAAUCACGUUGUUCUGUCCUGUUUGGCUUCUCUUCAAACAGUGUUGCAUGACUGCCAUAAUAAUAACCUGCCAUAAUGGUUUUCAGUUGAAAUUGCUGCUUUCCAUAUUUAUUUUUCAUUGCUUGUCUGAGGUUGACUGGAGAUGUUAGGCAGCCUGCUUUAUGUUGACUAGGUGAGGCAACUUGUACCGUCAGGCAGAAUGUUAAUAAACCAUCUACCCAUGGUC